AUGAGUGCCACAUCAGCCACGAGCUGUGCCUUGCCACCGGUGCCUGGGCCUGAGCAAGAGGAGCAAGAGAGCUCAGAGACACAUAUGUCUGUUCUGUGGUACGCAGGGCAGCUGGCAAUUACUUACUAUGAUACAGAAGAUUGCUCAGUGUACUUCAUGCCUGACAUACCUGACAAUGAAGAUCUCAAGCUACUGCAAAAAGUGAUUGGGGAACUUAACCCUCAAUGCAUAGUGACCAGUGCAAAACAGGACGAGAAUAUUGCCAAAUUCCUGACCAACCUAACAGCUACUGCUGGUGAUAAAGACAUAGGAAAACCAGAAAUUGUCCUGUUUCCCAACAUAGAUUUUGGUCUAGAAGUCAGCAAGCAACGGAUCCUGUCUAGGCAAUUUCCAUUUAUCCCAUCUCACAUGACUGCCACAGAGAAAAUUCUCUAUUUGUCCUCAAUCAUCCCUUUCGAGAGUCCACUCAUGCUACGAGCCUUAGGAGGCCUUCUUAAAUUUCUAGACAGAAGAAGGGUUGGAGUUGAACUUGAAGACAGCAGUAUAGCAGUUCCUAUUUUGGCCUUUAAAAAAUUUGUGCUAUCAGAUACUGUGAAUAUGGACCAAGACACUUACUGUGUUCUGCAGAUAUUUAAAAGUGAUAUCCAUCCUUCUGUGUACAAGCUAUCCAGUGGACUAAAAGAAGGAUUUAGCUUAUUUGGAAUUUUAAACCGUUGCAGAUGCAAAUGGGGAGAAAAACUGCUGAGGUUGUGGCUCACACGACCUACCCGUAACGUGACAGAGCUGAACAAACGGCUGGAUGUUAUCAACUUCUUCCUGCUAGCUCAGAACCAUGAAACAGUCCUCACUCUUCAAAACUGCCUCAAGAAUAUUAAAAAUGUGCCUCUUAUUUUAAAGAGAAUGACUCUUUCCAACACAAAAGUUAGUGACUGGCAUGCACUGUAUAAGACAGCGUACAAUGCAGUGUGCCUUAGAGAUACGUGUCGUUCUUUGCCCAACACUAUUGAACUUUUUCAGACUAUUUCACGUGUCUUCACAGAUGAUCUGCACUACAUUGCUAAUCUGAUCAGCAAAGUGGUAGACUUUGAAGGCAGCCUCUCCGAGAACCGCUUCACUGUUAGACCCAAUGUAGAUGCCACGAUUGAUGAGAAGAAACAAAAGCUGAUGGGACUGUCAGACUUCCUUACAGAAGUGGCACAAAAAGAACUAGAGACUUUGGACAAUCAUAUUCCCUUCUGUGCUGUAAUCUACAUUCCUUUGAUUGGGUUCCUUCUCUCCAUUCCACGGCUACCAAAUAUGGUGGAUAAGACUGACUUUGAAAUUGAAGGCUUGGACUUCAUGUUCUUGUCAGAUGAUAAACUGCACUACAGAAGUGCCCGGACCAAGGAGCUAGACAGCCUGCUGGGUGACUUGCACUGUGAGAUCAGAGACCAGGAAACACUCAUCAUGCACCAGCUGCAGACAAGGAUCUUGGAGAAGUCUGAAGUACUUAACAGCGUGAUCGAGUACACUGCACACCUGGAUGUGCUGCUAGCCUUGGCAGCGACGGCGCGGGAGAACGCCUACUGCCGCCCUCGCUUUACUCACCGCCUCGGCUUCCACAUCAAGGACGGAAGGCAUCCGCUCAUGGAACUAUGUGCAAAGACUUUCGUGGCCAAUCCUGUGGACAGUGGUGAGGCUACCAGACGAAUAAAGAUCAUCACAGGGCCCAACUCUUCUGGAAAGAGUAUUUACUUAAAGCAAGUAGGUCUUAUAGUGUUCAUGGCUCUAAUCGGCAGUUAUGUCCCUGCAGCAGAGGCAGAGAUUGGAGUAAUUGAUGGGAUUUACACAAGAAUCCACAGUAGGGAAUCAGUUUCUGUAGGGCUCUCCACAUUCAUGAUUGAUCUUAACCAGGUUGCCAAGGCUGUAAACAAUGCCACAGAGAGGUCCCUGGUACUUAUUGAUGAGUUUGGUAAAGGCACCAACACACUGGAUGGCCUGUCCCUUCUGGCUGCUGUCCUGAGGUACUGGAUCAGACAAGGAGCACAGUGUCCACAGGUCUUUGUCUCCACUAAUUUUCACAGUUUAAUGCAGCUAGAUCUCCUGCCUGACACACCUCUUCUGGAACACCUGACCAUGGAGACCCAUCAGGAUGGAGAGGAGUUGAUAUUUUUCUACCAGAUCAAACAGGGCAUGUCCACCAUUAGUCAUGCUGCCAAUAUUGCUGCAUUAGCAGGAAUGCCAGCCAAAAUUAUUGAAAGAGGAGUGGAAGUAUCAGAACUGAUUCGCAAUGGAAAACCUAUCAAAUGUCUUGAUCAUCCUUCAAAAUGUGAUAGGAUGGAAAAAUGCAAGUCUGUUGUGGAAAAGUUUCUUUGCAUAGACCUUGAUGAUCCCCAGGUGGACUUGGAAGAGUUCAUGUCUAAAGAAGUGUUGCCUUCUGCAGCCUCAGUCCUGUAG